AACAGUUCGUAUCUUUCUGCGGGUCCUUGUCGUGAUGGAGGCAGCAGAAGUGAAGGACGAAGACACUUUUUUGUGCAAGACGUGAUGCGGGAUGCCAAGGUAUCCGACACUUUCUCCUCGGACUAUCUACUCCACCUACCAGCAGGGACGGAUCUGUACGACGAAGCACGCCACCAACAUUUGCAAGAGGCCGUGCUUAAAGGUCUGGACCUCUCCCGGCGGGAACGGGCACUAUGCGAUGCCGUACUGUAU